GAGAGAGGAGAGCGAGCAGGAGUCCGCUGCUGCCACCUCAACAUGGAGUAACGAGAGCUCAGCGCUUACUGCUAAGGAGCGGAUCCCAGAGAGAGGAGACCCCGGCGGCCUCUGCUGUAAUUUAUCCCCCGAAGUCCCCGCAAAUGAUUCAGCGGACACUUUUUGCGAAGGCGAAGGAAAGCUCGGCUUUUAUUUGAAAGAUGGCGAACGACUCUCCAGCUAAAAGUCUAGUAGACAUAGACUUGGCUUCAUUGCGGGAUCCAGCUGGGAUAUUCGAGCUGGUGGAGGUAGUUGGAAAUGGCACCUAUGGACAAGUAUACAAGGGACGACAUGUCAAGACUGGACAGCUGGCUGCCAUCAAGGUCAUGGAUGUCACAGAGGAUGAAGAAGAGGAAAUUAAACUGGAGAUCAAUAUGCUGAAGAAGUAUUCCCACCACAGAAACAUAGCCACCUACUAUGGUGCUUUCAUUAAGAAGAGCCCUCCGGGACACGAUGACCAGCUAUGGUUGGUGAUGGAGUUCUGUGGUGCUGGUUCCAUCACAGACCUAGUGAAGAACACAAAGGGGAACCAGCUGAAGGAAGACUGGAUUGCCUACAUCUCCAGAGAGAUCCUCAGAGGUCUCGCCCACUUACACGCCCACCACGUCAUCCACCGUGACAUCAAAGGCCAGAACGUCUUAUUGACGGAGAAUGCUGAAGUUAAACUAGUGGAUUUUGGCGUGAGUGCUCAGCUGGAUCGGACAGUUGGAAGGAGAAACACCUUCAUUGGGACACCUUACUGGAUGGCCCCAGAAGUCAUCGCUUGUGACGAGAACCCAGAUGCAACAUAUGAUUACCGAAGUGAUCUGUGGUCCUGCGGUAUCACGGCUAUUGAAAUGGCUGAAGGAGCGCCCCGUGAGUCCAAAAAGUUCUUCAGUUUCAUCGAGAGCUGCCUCGUGAAGAAUUACACGCAGCGCCCACCAACAGAGCAGCUGCUGAAGCACCCCUUCAUCCGAGACCAGCCCAACGAGCGGCAGGUCCGCAUACAGCUCAAAGACCACAUCGACCGGACGAAGAAAAAGAGGGGCGAGAAAGAUGAGACGGAAUAUGAGUACAGUGGCAGUGAGGAGGAGGAAGAGGAUCCUCCUGAGCAAGAAGGAGAGCCCAGCUCAAUUGUCAACGUGCCAGGUGAAUCUACUCUACGGCGUGACUUCAUCCGCCUGCAGCAGGAGAACAAGGAGAGGUCGGAGGCGCUCCGUCACCAGCAGCUCCUCCAGGAGCAGCAACUCCGGGAGCAAGAGGAGUACAAGCGCCAACUACUGGCAGAGAGGCAGAAACGUAUCGAGCAACAGAAGGAGCAGAGAAGGCGGUUAGAGGAGCAACAGCGACGUGAACGGGAGAUGAGGAGGCAACAGGAGCGCGAGCAGCGUCGUCGCGAGCAAGAAGAAAAGAGGCGUAUGGAGGAGAUGGAUCGUAGACGUAAAGAGGAGGAGGAACGCCGGCAGGACGAGAAGAGAAGGAACGAUCGUGAGCAGGAGUACAUCAGGCGCCAGCUGGAAGAGGAGCAGAGACACCUCGAGAUGCUCCAGGAGCAGCUGCUCCGUGAACAGGCCAUGCUGCUGGAGUUCAAGUGGCGGGAGCUCGAGGAGCAGCGCAAAGCUGAGCGUCUCCACAAGCGCCUGCAGCAGGAGCAGGCGUACCUGCUGUCCCUGCAGCACGACUCCAAGCAGCAACCUGGCGACAAAACAAAACUCCCAUCAGACCAUAGUAAGCCGCCACAGGCUGCCACUCUGCCCCCUGACAGAGCCCUCGCCACACUCCCACAAGCUCAGGUCCUCAACUCUGCCGUCUCUGUAGCGAGGGGCGCCUGUGAAUCCUCCAGAGCCCCUCAGACGAUCCCUGCAGACACCAGUAAAUCCCAGGCAACAGGGCAGGAGAGGACUGAUGAGAGUUUGAGCCGGGUCUCAAACUCCCCCAGCUCCCUUCAGACUGAAACCCCCUCUGACUCUAACCCUCCCCAGACAGAAAGCUCGGAGCCCGACAGCGAGCCUGUCAGUCAACCUCCUCAGCCUAUCAGAGAGGCCGACGAGCGCUACCGUAAGAACAUUCAGGGCUCCCCUCAGGCCGCCCCUCCUCCCAAGCAGCCCCCUCUGCCUCCCCGCUCCUCUGAACCGUUCUCCAACGGCGGCUCCUCGUCUGACGCAUCUGCCAUGCACCGACCCAUGGAGCCUCAGGUCCAGUGGUCUCACCUGGCUGCUCUAAAGAGCAGCAACAGCGCUGCCCCCUCUCCUCCUCCUCCGCCCGUGGUUGCCCGCUCUCAGUCCUUCAGCGAGUCCGGCGGUGUGGCCUCUAGCUUUGCACAACUCCACCUGCGCUCCCAGGACCCCCACCAUCACCACCACCACCCAUCGCCUGCACGCACAGAUCCCCAACCCCAACCUCCCCUCCACCACCCUCAGGCUAGGCUUGAACAUCAGGCCAGCAGCGAGGAGGUCCCUCCCAAGGUACCGGUGAGGACAACAUCCAGGUCUCCUGUGCUGUCACGUAGAGAGUCCCCUCUGCCUUCACAGCCCAGCAAUCAGGGUGGACAGAGGAACGCAGGCAGUAACGUGGAGCAGCGUCCGCUGUGGGAUCGAGUGGAGAAGCUGCAGUCACGGCCAGGCAGCGGCAGCUCGUCCGGCUCCUCCAACUCCAGCUCCCAGGCCAGUCCUGGGGACCGUUUCAGGCCACGCUGUGAGUCCCCUGCUUCCUCCAAAUCUGAAGGAUCGCCUCUCCAGCGGCCUGAAAACGUUUCCAAGAAACAGGAUGAAAAGAACGUCGCCAGGCCCACUCGACCAGCUGACCUGACGGCGCUCGCCAAGGAGCUGCGCGCAGUCGACGAUGUGCGACCUCCUCACAAGGUCACAGACUACUCCUCCUCCAGUGACGAGUCGGGCACGACCGAUGAGGAGGACGAGGAAGAGGUGGACCAGGAGGCAGGAGAAGAGUCCACCUCAGGGGCCGAGGACUCCAAAGCUGGGAGAGUGAGUAACGGCGAGACGGAGUCUGCUAAAACCAUGCUGGUUGAAGACUCGGAAAGCGAUCAGGCAACCACACCCUCCAAGGAUGGCACACUGGUCAUCAGACAGAGCACAGCUGACAUAAAGCGGUUGGUCACUCUCUCAUCUCCCUCCCCUUCCUCGGCUGGCCACGGCCAACCCCAGCCCCCUGGUCGCGGCCCGCUAGAGAAAAACGGCUUUCCGGGCCGCAUACACCACCUACCAGACCUUAUCCAGCAGAGCCAUCAUUCCACUUCCUCUUCCACAACCAUCCCUUCCUUCUCCUCCUCCUCCUCCUCUUCCACCACCACUACCUCUUCCUCCUUACCCUCAUCAUCUAGCCAUGCCAGUCCUGCAGUAUCCCCACAGAUCUCUUUGGACGAGCUCACUGCCAUAGAGUCGCAGUCGGAGAGCAACUCCAUGUCCAAACACAAGUCCUCCUCCUCGUUCACGCCCUUCAUCGACCCGCGUCUGCUGCAGAUAUCUCCAUCCAGCGGGAGCUCCCUCAACAACAUGGGUAAGUGGCUGACUUCUUUUGGUGACCUGGUGCACAAACCUCUGCUGGUUGACUUGACGGUGGAGGAAGGUCAGAGGUUAAAGGUCAUCUACGGUUCCUGUUCAGGCUUCCACGCUGUGGAUGUUGACUCUGGUGCCGUCUACGACAUCUACCUGCCCACACAUAUCCAAACCAAUAUUCAGUGCCACGCCAUCAUCAUCUUGCCCAACACUGAUGGGAUUGAGCUGCUGGUGUGUUACGAGGACGAGGGCGUCUACGUCAACACCUAUGGACGCAUCACCAAGGAUGUGGUGCUGCAGUGGGGAGAAAUGCCAACUUCAGUGGCCUACAUUAGGUCAAACCAGAUCAUGGGCUGGGGUGAGAAGGCUAUAGAGAUCCGCUCAGUGGAGACGGGCCACCUUGACGGAGUCUUCAUGCACAAGAGAGCCCAGAGACUCAAGUUCCUUUGUGAGAGGAAUGACAAGGUG